UCCAUUUUAUCGUCGACCCCCAAGAUAAUCGCGAUAGAACGCAUCUGAGAGACUAUUGGGUUUCCAGAGAUCUCAUACCUCAUGAAACCUUGAUUUUGGUUUCAUAAUUAGUCUUUGGCUUAGGACGUGGAUUCAACUUUCAGGUUCCUUUUGGUUAAUAUGGCGCCAACCGGCGAAGAAGAGGUGGAGUAUGAGAGUGAUCCCGAGGAGGUGAAGCGCUCCUUGGCAAUGAGGAGGAGAGAAGCGAGUGAUGAUGACGAUGAUAAAGCUGAUGGGGAGGAUGAUGCUGGUCGAAGAGGAAUUCAGAGGACCGAGACUCAUUCGGAUGGAUCUGAUGGCCAGGGGGGUGUCGCUGAAUAUGACAAUGAUGAUGAAGAAGGAUUGGGCAUAGAUGGUGAAGACCGGGAUGGUGGUUUUGAUGAAGAGGAGGAGUACAUUGAGGAAGGUCACAAUGAAGAAGUGGAUGAUGAUAGGGAACGUCUGGUGGGCAAUAUCAACAGGAUGGCUGGCGGGUUUGAGGGUAAUGUAAUGAAGUCAGUGGAUGGUGAUAGAACGCACGGGGAAGAGACAAUGGAGGAGGGUAUGAUAGAUCUUAUAGAUGAAGAGGAAGAAAAAGAGAAAGAACCAUUCUCUGUGCCCACUGCUGGAGCAUUUUAUAUGCACGAUGACAGAUUUCAGGAAAAUUCCGGUGGCCGACACAGGCGAAUGCGUGGUGGAAGGAGGCUUUGGGAAUCCAAAGAUGACGGAAAAUGGGGACAUGACAAAUUUGAGGAGAUGAAUACUCGGGACAAGCAUUAUGAAAGACGAAGGACUUCUAGGGGCCAAUUUAGAGGUCGUGGUCAGACUAGGGGACGAGAACUUGGAUACACUAGAGGGAGCAGCUCGAAUGCACUCAGCGUCAAUGGGAAUCAAAACCAGUUUUCUAAAGUUGCCCCUAGAGGGAGAAGGCCCCAAAGAUAUGAAACUGCCUCGAGAAACGAAAAUCAAGCAACAUCUGCACAAAACAAACAGUCACGGAAUUCUCAUGAGAAAAAUUCGCACCUCGAUUCAAGCCGUGUUCCAACAGCCGCAGCUAGCUCUGAGAGUGAAGCUGGUCAGGCAAAAAAGAACACAGUAGCUUCUGGUCUAAAUUCAGCUUCUCCUCCAUUUUAUCCUUCAGGGUCCUCCAAUAGCAUGGCACAGAAGGAUAUACAAGUUGGCAUGGGAAGACUGCACAUGAAUGAAAGCACUUCGCCUAUUCGAAGGGUAUCUGGGAAUGCAAAAAUGUCUUCUUCUGGGUCUUCACCGGUCAGCACUGAUCAGCCCUCUGAGUCCAUGAGUAAAGGAAGGGGUGCACCUGCCCCUGGACAAGUGUUUUAUCAGCAAUCUCUUAACCAAGUUGGCAGAACUUCACCACAUAUGCAAUCUCACGGAGUUUCAAAAGGGAGUGGCCAAAGCUGUCUCCAGCCUCCUGAUCAGGCUUUUGAUCAACACUCUACUGUCAUCAGGCCACUGGCUUCCUCUCCGCCUAAAACAAGCUCGUCAAAAGGUCCCUACCCUUCUGCUGAAAUGGAAUCUGCCUCAGAAACAGGUGCUUUGGUAGCAAUGGGAAAGGGAACACUCCAGCCUAACGGAAGCUCUUUUCUGUAUGGUGGGACUGAAGUUAUGGGGCCUGCAGGGAGUCUGGCAGUUGGCCAUGGCAAUCCUAAUUUCCCAGCUUUUCUGCCCCUUAUGCCAUUUGGUGGCCAACAAGGUGGGGUCCCCACUUUUGGCAUGGCCUUUCCAGGAUAUGUCCAACCAGAACAUGGUUUAGGAAAUCCCGAGAUGACAUGGCUGCCAAUUUUGACUGGUCCGGGGGCUCUAGGGGCUACAUACGGUCCACCUUGUGCUGCUAUUGAUGGCCCUUACCAAGCGUGCAAGCCAGGGCUACCUUCCUCUGCAGGACCUUCCAGCAAAGAGAAUGGUACGCAGAAGCCUGAUAAUGGACAAAAACCCUCGGAGAGACCUGAGGAUGCAAACAAUGGGAUUCCGCAACGGCAGAACAACCCCCCAAACAAGCAGCCACGUAGAUACUCAGAGAUGAGCUUUAGCAAGUGAUUGCAUGCCUUAUGUUACUACCCGAAAGGAGGGUGCGUUGUUUGAAUAAGUUGAUAGAAAAGAGGUUUAUAGAGAGAGCUGUGCAGAGCAUGUGGUGCUUCUCCAAGCUGUGGGCCACAACUGUUCCUGGAUUUCUUAGGGUUUUAAAAAAAAAUGGGAGAGUGGAUGUGGGUGGCUCUGGUGAGUGGUCAUUGCUGUGUGUGUUCAAAGUGAAAAGAGCAGUGUGGGGGUCUUUGGAAGGGUCAGUUAUGUGUUGUUAUAAGGUUCAGGUUCCUCUUCUUGUGUCUUUGACCAUCGUGAGUUUCUUUAUUGCUGUAUGCAAGGUUGAAGACACCACCAAGCAUUUUCUAUCUAUGUUUCAUAUCCAUAAUUUAUUACUCAAACUGGAUCAAAGAGAUUAGUACAUCUGUUUCUGUUGGAAUAUAUGAUGAAGGUAAUGGUGAUGAUGAUGAUGAUUCGUGCA